AUGAAGAUAUUCUCAUUGAUAUCUGUCAUCUGGUACAUAGUCCACUUUUCAAUAGUGACUACUAAUGUGCAGAAUAAAGAUGAUUUCAUAAUCUCUUCUCUAUAAAUCUUUAUCGACGCAAAGUGUUUCGUCGUGCAACUACAGAAGAACUCUCCUCGUCUAUUAAUCAAAUGCAAAUGAUAACUCGUAUCAUCAAUGGAAUCUACCUUCAACAAGGACUAUCAACGAAAUCAAUUCCAUCUGAAGAACUUGUUUCCGAGCUGCUCAAUCUGGGAUCUGUCACCACUUCUCAAAUUGCUGCAAUUGAUACGGCUAAGUUAAAGACCGUCGUUGACAAAAUCAAUGAAUUGUCGAAAUCUUUCUCAUCUGGAAAAGAUAUGGCAGAUGUUGAAAAACAGUUCCAAGGAUAUAGUGCCAUUUCGGAAAAUGUUAAGGGGCUUAAGGGGAGCUUCGAAGUUCCGGCCAAUCACAAGUUGCUGCAAGAAGUUGAGUCAUUCAUUCAGUAUUAUGAUAAACUUAACGUUAAGAAUGCGUUAGCAAACUGUGAGUACUUCAUUAAUGGCAUCACCUUGUUGAGAAAAGGACCCGAAAGCGAUGUGGUGGCUGACCGAUUAUUUCACGAUGUGGGGCGUUUCGUCAAAUUUGUAAACACUCUAAAUAGUACGGAAUUAGAAAGGUUUUCUAAGAGUGUUUCUCUCAAAAACAUUGCAAACGAAUUUCCAUUCCUUAUCUCAGUCCACAGCGCAUUACUGAAAUACGAGGCAACUUCAACUUCAACCACGGAACAAACUGCUGUAACAAAGUUCACACAGAGUGCUAAAGAUUUGGGUAACUUUGCGAAAAAUUGGACGCAAAGUAUUCAAAGCUUUAAAUAUCUUAAACAUAUGUUUAUUGAUAAGCAUCUAAGACAUGGGAAUUCAGUGCCAAAACAUACUUCAGGCCUCUUCAGGCCUUAUGGGAUAUCUGACAUCAAUUUGAUAAUUGAUGAUUUGGGUAAACAGUGGGUUAAGGAGGCAGUUGUGGGACAAGCAGGAGCUAUUUCGGACUCGUUGACUCUUCUCAGUAAUCUUGAACAGUAUUCACGAUUGGUUGAAAAUUCCUUGGGGAUAGAGACAAGUGAAAUGAUAAAAGAAACGUUGAGGAUUCAUUCACUAGCCACGAAACUGUCAAAUCUUCCGUCAAUUGUUGGCCCACUAGUUGGAAAAAUCGACAAAAUCAAGCUACCACCUCUAUCUGACUUGAAACUCACUGAUUCAAAAAAAAUCAAGAACCUUGUCAGUAAUAUGAUUGCUUUUUCCUCUAAGAUUUCAACUCUUGAAAAAGUAAUUGAAAUGCUGAAAGAUGUGAAAUCAGAGAAAAACAAACAGUUACUGAGUCAAAUGGAAACUAUCUCAAAACAAAGUACGGAUGCUAACGCUCUUAGUAACAUGGGUGCCUUUAACCAGUCUACAGCCUUCUCUUUAGUUUUUUCUAUCGUUGAUGCUGUGAAAAACUCAAUUGAGUCUCUCAAGGCUACACCGAAAUCUCCAGAUAUCGCAAAAAGUAUUGUAGAUGGAUUGAAAGAUGCUAAAGUUAUUGAUGACGUGAAUAAGAUCUUCACAGCUAUUAGUCCACUGAACACUAUUGAAGAGAUUAAAUACGUGAAACCAGUGAUUGAAGCAAUUCAACAUUUCCGAGAAUCUACCAAUAUGCCACUUUCCAUCAAAUCAACUGCUGAAGCUAUUCCGAAGAUCAAAACACAGUUGGUUGAUUUAAAGGAGUACAUCGAAGGGAAGGAUAUCAAGUCAAAGCGUGCCGCCGUGAAUGUGCUCAAUGAGCUCAAGGAUGCUUCAAGUCAAUUCUCAGUUCUUGGAUCAGCAACACGUGGAAUAUCCAGCAUGGACGCAGCGUUGAACAUGAAAAUUGAUUUGACUAAGCUGAAAUUAUUGUGUGCAACUGUUCAGAAAGAGAUGUCGAAGGUAACAUUGGAUGCAAAGGAUCAGAAGAACCUUCAGAGACUGGCCACUUUGGGAGCUGAUUUGGACAGAAUGAAAGCUAGUUUGAACCAGUCUGUGAGCAAUGUGAAGCCGUCGAAUUCUCCAAAGUUAGCUGAUCAUGCAGAAGUGUUUGAAGCAGCAUCGAAAGUUCAGGGUGUCAAAGGAGACUUCAUUGCUAUCAAGGAAUCAGUGAUUACCUUCAUUGAGUUGACCAAGUCAAACAAGUUGACAGAUCUUCCACCAAUCCUCGAAACUCUUGAUCGGAUCGGAUUAGACUUUGCAAGCCAUUCCAAGGACUAUGCUGACUCAAAGCAGGCUCUUCAAGUUUUGGAUACGUCUUUUGCAAAUCUCAACAAGAAACUGACGCCUCCAGCUCCACCACAACCCAUCAGCUCAAACCAGCAACAUUCGAACAACAAUGCCGGCUCACCAAGUGCACAAUACCCCGAGUGACCACCCGAGGAGAAGGGGUUCUUUGCGACCUGGGCUCUGUGGUCUUACAUCGUGCCUCCACUGAUCCUUGUCAUUGCUAUUGGAAUUGUGGGAUUAUUUUAUGUGCGUAAUGAAAGACAGAAGAAGAAAAAAGAAUUGGAAAAAAAAGCAAAAGACAAACGGAAACUAAAAGAUGAGCAAAACCGACUUGCAAAAAUAGAAAACGAAAAAGUAGUUGUGGACAAUGCGACUCCGAAUCCGAACCCCUCAGAACAUAAAACGGUUGAGAUAGAAAAAGUUAAGCCGAUUCAGGUUGAGGAUGAUAUCAACGAUGAUGAAUUCAAAGACGUUCCAAUGCUUGAACCGGUUCAGAAAAACAUUUUACCAACCGUGUACACCGAAACGUCUUCAAACAACUUUAUUGUAAGCUUUGUGAAUUUCGUCAAGAAAUUUGUGAUGAAAACUACGCCCGAAACAUUGUUCGAUCUUCUGAAGCAUUUUUUGAAUCGUGAACUUAUCAGCAUCAAGUUGGAAGCGUUGACAUUUAAUACAAGAUGGGUGGAGAGCCAUGCAAUGGAUCACAGAGCACAGAACGCGUUGGCUCCAGGCAAUCGAGUUGCGCUCAAAGGAUACGGAAAACGUCUUUCGGAUGGUUACAUUCACGCGAGCUUUGUUUCAUUUCCGAGCAAUCUGUGCAUGAUUCUCACGCAAGCUCCACAAGCCAAGAAUCUCGGUGAUCCCUACGCGGUGAUACGUAUUUCCAAACGCAACUCGACAAUCGAGAAGUUCUUGUGGAUGGCAAUGCAGGAGGGUGUGAAGCAUGUCGUGCAGCUUUGCGAGCGUACCCUCCCACGUAGUAAUACUUCUGAUGACGAAUACGAUGCGUGCUCGGUGUAUGUUCCAGACAAUGUUGGGGAGGAGCUGAAGUUUGAGGGUGUCACCAUGAAGUGUACAGAUUGCAAGAAGGAGUUCAAUGAUGAAGUCGAGAUUCGUGUAGUGGUUGUCAAGUUUGACGAUCUCAAGGAAUUCACUUUCAAUCACUACUGGUACCGUGGAUGGGGAAAGUCGAGCAUCCCAGAGAGCCCGAAGACUAUGCUGGCCUUGUUGGAUAUGGUGAACGCGAGCAAGACGCCAGUGAUUGUGCACUGCUAUGAUGGGAGAUCAAGAUCCGCAUGUUUCGCAUACAUGGAACUCGCUUGUCAAAUGGUGGCCAAAAACGACUCAGUUACCAGUAGAGUUGCUUUGAAAGCUCUGAUGAAAAUGCGCGCAAACUUAUUUGUGAAAGAUGAAGAGUAUGCGUUUGCAAUCUAUGGAGCAAUGAUGCGUCUUAUGGAGGUAGGAAAAGCAACGUGCCGCAACGAAUUCGAAGAGUAUCAGCAAUGGUACAACGAGUGGUAUCAAACUCUGUUCAAUGCAAGAAAGACAUCCCUUGAGGAAAAGGCAAAAGGUGACAUCAAACUGAAAGCAGCGCGUGAGAAAAUUCAAGCCCAACAAAAAGCCACAAUGCUUGCAAUUGCCGCAGCCAAAGCUCGAAAAGAACGGAAUGCCAAGAAAAAAGCCAAAAAAGCCAACUCCGAAUCCGAUGCUCAAAAUUGAUG